GAACCCGGCCACUCGACCAAUCAGAAGUUCACAAUCCCGGGACUUCUGUGCUCGGUUUCGUUCGUCCGCAUACUGUACCGCUCUACAUUUCUUGUGGAAAUCUUGAGACAGCACAACAACCAGACUAUAGAGAGGGCUAACAGUUGGUAGUUUUGACGGGUUGGGCCCCCCUACCCACGACACCUCACCAUGCCUCUGGUUACGAGGAAUAUAGAGCCGCGGCAUGUGUGUCGCCAGACCAUCCCGAACAACAUUCGCAGUGAGCUGGAAUGUGUCACCAAUAUCAGCCUGGCCAACAUCAUCCGCCAGCUUGGCAGCCUCAGCAAAUAUGCAGAGGAUGUGUUCGGGGAGCUGUUUGUCCAGGCUGGAGCAUUUGCGAUUAGAGUGAAUUCACUGGGAGAACGAGUGGAUCGUCUGCAGGUUAAAGUCACCCAGCUGGACCCCAAAGAAGAAGAGGUCUCUCUGCAGGCCAUCACUACCCGCAAGGCCUUCCGCAGCAGUCUGACCCAGGACCAGCAGCUGUUCACCAGACCUUCGCUGCCCAUGCCCAUAAAUGAGACCUACACGACCUGUAAUCCGCCGCCACCGCUCAACUACCUCAGCCAGUACCGUGAUGAUGGAAAGGAGGCCCUGAAGUUUUACACUGAUCCCUCCUACUUCUUUGACCUGUGGAAGGAGAAGAUGCUGCAGGACACCAAGGACAUCAUGAAGGAGAAACGCAAGCACAGAAAGGAGAAGAAAGACCAUCUGAACCAACGGACGCUCAAUCCCCGAAAGAUCAAGACAAGAAAGGAGGAAUGGGAACGCCGUAAGAUGGGGGAGGAGUUUGUGGUGCCAAAGAAUGAUUUGGGGAAUUCCUCGGAGGUUCUAAAUGGCAGUAUUGGAUCUGGAGAUGGAUUCACUUCUGAAGGCCUCGAGCAGAGUACCGGCUCCUAUGCCUAUGACCCUGGCUCACCACCCGGUGAUGACUUCUUGCCUCCUCCACCCCCAGACAUGGCGUAUAAUGACGGAGGGUACGGAGCACCAGCCCAGAAGCGUACCAGUGUGCUGAGUCCAACCCACCCACCUCCUGCACCCCCCAUGGCCUCUUCCCCACCCAACUCUCGCCCAAACCUUGCCCCUCCCCCUGCACCUCCUCCCCCUCCUCCAUCCUCUGGCUUCGGGAUUCCUCCGCCUCCCCCUGGCUUCGACACCCCACCUUCCCCUCCUCCGCUCUCCAGCUCCCCCAAUGCCUAUCCUUCCCCACCUGCUCCCCCUCCUCCACCUUCUAUGUCCGCCAUUGCUCCUCCUCCUCCGCCGCCUAUGCCUGCAGGUGGCGGGCCACCACCUCCUCCUCCUCCUCCACCUCCUCCUGGCCCCCCUCCACCAUCUCACAUCUCUGCUCCCCCUCCUCCCCCUGGUGGUGGUGGGGCACCCAGCUCUACUCCCAAACCACAGCCAGAGCCAGCUGGGGACGCUCGCAGUGACCUGCUGCAGGCCAUCCGACAAGGCUUCAAUCUACGGAAGACGGAGGCACAGCGCGAGCAGGAGAAGAGGGAUCACUUUGGCAAUGAUGUUGCUGCCAUCCUGUCCCGUCGUAUCGCCGUAGAAUGCAGCGACAGUGAAGACGACUCGUCCGAGUUUGACGAUGACGAGUGGUCUGAAUGAUCACCAUCACUUUUCACCUUCAUUACCUAACUCUGUAUCUUUCCUCAGCUGUAAACAACAUCAGUGUAUUUCCUUUCCGAUUACGUUCAAGUACCAGUGAAGCAGGGGUCCAUUUUUCUGUGCGUCUGUCAGAUUUUGUGUGUGUGAGCACACUGUAUGUACAAGUGAGCUGUUAACAAAUCACAUUCCUCGACCCAUUUAUUUGUAUUUAUCUAAAAUUAUUCAGAUCAGCGGUGCAAAAUUCCAAAGAUUGAAUUAGGGUGCCUUAUUGUGUCCAGAUUUGUCAUUGCUUUCACUGGAUGACACAGCAAUGUUAUUGAUGUAAGAGUAUUCUCUGAUGUAAGUCUGUGCGUCACCUCUGCCUUUAACUUGGUGUCUAUUAGAACAGCAGAUACCCUUUGCUGCCGGCCAGAUAUCUGAUUUUAUCUGCUUUUGUAUGUUAUGGGUAAGGGUAAUAGAGAAGAGAGAGAGAGUGCGCACACACCCAAGCACGCAAACUCUUCCAUACACAGUAUUUGUACGUAGUCAGUGGACACAUGCAGAAACACUCUCGCUCAUUUGUAGGUUAUAUGAUAUAGAUGUAAAGUUUGAAUUACAUGAAUCAUAUCUUAAAGAUAAUUGAUACUAUCCUUUUUAAAGCACAGUUUCUAUCACUUUUACUUUCCUCACUUUAUUGGUUUUUCUGGGAACAGUUCUAGGAUGAGACGUGGUUGUAGCUCAUAAAUAGAUUCAUAAAUUAAUUAUUCAGUGUUUUUUGUAUCGGCUCAUGCCAGACACCUGGGGUGUUUGAUGAGAUCACCGCACUGAACAUAUGCAGACAUUUAACACCAUCAAUCAUGAUUCAUUUUGUACUAUGUUUUCUGCUCUGUUCUGGAUUUCUUAAUUUGACCUUUUUCUAGGGGUGGACUAGGCUCUGAUGCUUUAAUCACGGUAGAAUCAGGCCGAUUUUUUUUGCCUCAUCCUACUGUCUGUUAAGUGCCUUUUUUAUAUAUAUUGCAUUUCUGUGUCAGUGCAGGUUUAUUUUUGUUAUCCACGCAGCCUGCUGAUCAGCUUCUUCCAAAAAUAUUAACAGCUGCCACGGAUGAGUCAAACGUAGAGCUGACUGAUGUUUUAGCGUGGACCACAUAUUUUCCAAGUGCCUUUUUAUUUUUCAUCACACAGCAUGCUUAGCCAAAGCUGUUUCUCCUGCCUUAAGUAUUCCAAAUGAUUAGUAAUUUCAAUAAAUAAGAGUGACUUACACUGA